CUCCGAGAUUCCGGCGGCGUGUGCGGCGGGAUACUCGGUACUGGGUCAAUCGUGAUUAUUACUCUUUAUCAUUAUCAAUCUACUUAUCUUCCUCGAUCCAGUUCACACCCCAGAUCGUGACUUAUCGCACACGGAUUAGCAGAUAUAUGGACUCAAGGCUCUGAAUUGAACAGACACAGCCAUCCUGUCGUUCUUGGCUCGGUGUCUGCGAUUCCGACCUUUGGCUACCCUUCUACUCUUGUGCCGAUUAUCCUCGUCCUCUCCAUCUCUCGCGGUUUUGCGCAUGAACACCCGCUUCUACAACAAUCAUAGAGACUUAUUGAAUUACCGAGUCUAUAUAAAGAAGUGACAAUAAAUCCGCACAGGCAAAGAUGUCGUUCCUGAAGUGGAUGACUAGUAGCUCGCCUGCUUCAAACACCUCCUCAACACCUAACGAGAAGCCAGGGAUUUUAUCUAGAAGAUCAAGCGCAGCUCCUUCUCAGAACUCCCAGAUCCCUCGCUCAGAACUCCAGCGCAAUGAGAGCGUUCCCAACAGUUAUCCUAAUCGCGCUCCCGAAGCGCCCUAUUUUCCCCGCCAACCCGCCGCUGGCAGUAUCAGCAGCCGGACUAGCUCGCCUUCGGCCUCUCAGAUCAAGCUAGAGUUUACAAGGUUAGACGGAAGCGACAAGUUGUUUGGAAUUGAGAAUUUUGGAAAUACAUGCUACUGCAACUCGAUUCUGCAAUGCUUAUUUUUCAGCAAACCAUUUCGAGAGUUUGUACUAAACUACCCGUCGCAUUCCUCAGUCAUCCGAUCUCCACGACGUACAGUCAACGGCAAGACUCCGCACCCGUUCAUAGCGAUUGCUGAGAAAGAAAAGAACGCGAGCGCACAAAACUUGGCCACCGCAAACGGCGGCGUGACUACACCUAGUUCGGCAAAAUCCACGUUUAUGGGGUCAUAUUUCAUGUUUGGAAUGUCUUCGUCUCCUAGCAGCGCGAACAGCUUCAAAGAUAGCCCGGGAAGCAAUAGCUCAGGCAAUGGCAGUCCGGCUCCUAAACUAUCUCGAUCGAGCUCGUUACGACUACCUACGGACAUGCUGAAAGCAUCACGUAAAACGAGUACGAUACCUAUAGUCAAGGAGGAAGCCGGAAAGCCAGUCUCGUCUUCGCCAAACCCAUUUGCGCCGUCGUCUGUUCCAAACGCAGGCUCUGGCGCAAAUAGUCUGGCAGAAAACCAACAGAAACAAAACGGAAAUGGGGAAGAGGAAUUAACCCCGGAGCAGAAGAAGAGACAGGCGAUGGUCAACGGACCGAUUAUCAACAUGGACCAUUCGUUGGCAUCAUCGUAUGGAAUGGAGGAGUCGUUAUUUUCUGCGCUGAAAGAUCUCUUUGAGGCCGUUGUCGAAAACAAGUCUGGUGGCGGUGUGACUUCACCCGCGAAACUUAUCGAAGUAUUGAAGAAGAAGAACGAGUUAUUCCGGUCGACGAUGCACCAGGACGCGCAUGAGUUUUUCAAUUUUUUACUGAACGAGGUUAUUGAAACCAUCACAGACUAUGACAAGAAGCUCAUCCAGGCGAAUAAGACGGCGGUGGGAAAGAAGACUAUGCAGGAUUUGUUUGAGGGGAUUCUGUCUAGCGAGACGAAAUGCCUGACAUGCGAGACCGCUAGCACACGCGAUGAGCCGUUUAUUGACCUCUCGAUUGACAUUGAAGAGAAUAGAUCGGUUUCGGCCUGCUUGCAACAGUUUUCUGCCUCUGAGCUUCUCUGCCAAAACAACAAGUUUCACUGUGACUCUUGUGGUGGCCUACAAGAAGCAGAACGUCGUGUGAAAAUCAAGCGAGCACCAAAGAUUCUUGCGCUGCAUCUGAAGAGAUUCAAGUUCACGGAGGACAUGCAGCGGAACGUCAAGCUGCUGCAUCGGGUCGUUUUCCCGUUCCACGUUAGACUAUUCAACAACACUACCGACGAGAUGGUCGGCGCUCAGGACGCAGACACACUUUACGAACUGUACGCCGUUAUUGUGCACGUUGGCGGUGGGCCAUACCACGGACACUACGUUGCGAUCGUGAAGACAGACACCGCAGGAUGGGUCUUGUUUGACGACGAGAUGGUCGAACGAGUUGACGAGAGCUUUGUACAUAAUUUUUUUGGAGACAAGCCAGGAAUGGCUACUGCGUAUAUUCUGUUUUACCAGGCUAUAACAGAGGACGAGUACACGGCGUCGCGCAGUGGCUAAGGAUAUGUAUGCAAUGCUUUUCUUUUUGGGUACACAAUGGUUGUGGUUUUGAGUCAUAGAGGGGUCUAUGUUUAUAGGACUGUCCGAGGUAGGUAAUGUAGGAGUUUGUUAAUCAAGCAAUGUCUUCAAGUAA